CAGGGUCAGGCCAGCAGCCUCCGUGAGGGGCAGCAGUGCCAGGGCUAGCCAUGCAGGGUCCAAAUAAAGAUACUGAAUGGAAUGAUAUAUUGAAAGAUUUUGGAAUUCUUCCUCCAAAAGAAAAACUGAAAGAUGAAAUUGAAGAAAUGGUUUUACACUCAGAGAAAGAAGCACAGGGCAAAUGCACUGGAUAUUAUUUUCAAAUGCACUUUAAAUGUUCCAAAUAUGCUUAUUUUUAGUUUUAGUUUUUAAUUAGGCAACAAGACUUGCAAGAAUGGAAAUGUCUUCAGAGCAGGCAAAAGUAUGGGGAACUAAGAGAAAGCUGUAGAAAGCAGUAUGUAAAUGAAGUUACAAAUGCUCCAGAGGAUGUUUGGGUUAUAAUUCAUCUUUAUUGGUCAAGCAUCCCAAUGUGUUUACUGGUUAAUGAACACCUCAACCUGCUAGCCUGGAAGUUUCCAGAAGUCAGGUUUCUCAAAGCCAUUGUAAACUUCUGCAUUCAGAAUUACCAUGAUAUAUACACUAUCAGAAUAAACUGUAACUUGUUUUUACAAGAGUUCAAUUGAAAAUUAGCACAAGUUGGAGCAACAAAAAAAGAACAAAACCCCCAAAAGGACAUUAUGAAUAUGAUACUGCCAGUGUGAAGCACUUCUGCUCAUGAAGACACCAAUACAAAAACCAGUGAUGUGAUGAAACUGCUUGAGAGCCUUUUAAUGCUUUAAACAGAUCAUCUGUUUGGCAUAAGUUAGUUCACAUACAGUUUUUUACUCCUGUGGUAAGCCUGAAACUAUUAAAAACAGGGGAGGGGAAAAAGAAAAAACUUCUGGUUCGAUUGUGUAUUUUUUGGUUUUGAUUUGUGGAAGAAAACUGUAGUAAAUGAAACCCACACUUACCUUUAAAUUCCUACAGGUGGCUGUCAUUGACAUGGAGAGUCUGGAUUCUCCAUUUCAUAAAAACUCUGCUUAAACGGAAAAGGGAGGGCAUUAGCUGGUGGGCUCUAAUCCAUACUUUCCUCUUCCUUUUAUCCAGUGUGGGUGCAAGAUAUUCCUUUAAUUUUCAGUGACAUUACUGUAGUAGAACUUUGCUCUGCAAAGUACCUUCUCAGUUCCCCCACUGAAAAGCGUGACCCAAAGACAACGAUGCUUAUAGACAUAUAUAAUCAGGAUUUGGCUGUGAAUCCAUUGACUAACACUUCCAUUUGUCUGAUAAGAGUUCAAGAAUUUUCUCUAGGGUUGUAGAUAAUUGUCCCACUAUUUUAAAACACUGACAGUUGAAUCAGUUUUUCUUUCCUUACAAACAUAACUGUAUCUUUUACAAAGUAGUUUACAGUACCACCGUAGAGAAGCAAAACUACAUGAGCGAAUGAAGAGGCCUUCCUCCUGAUUCAGCAUUUUUAUUUCUUAUGAGUAGUGAAUCAAAUUGUAUAGUAUUAAUGUUAUUUUUCCAGUGACUCAUCAUACAAAAAAAAAUCCCAGUGUACUUAUGAAGAUUUAGUUAUAUGCAACUGACAUGGUUUAUAGCAUUGAAAU